CACAAAUAGAGAGGGAACUCAAUAUCCAGCACUUGAUUACGGUGUUGUUUAUACAAUUCAGUGAUUGACCUAUACAGCCCAAGGUGAUCUUUCAAAAAUUAUGAUUUACGAUGGAAGUUUUGAAAAGGCGGUUAAAUGAGUUUAGAGAAGAAGAAGAUGAACUCAGGAACAGAAUUGAAGACUUAGAAAUAGAGAUAAAAAAGGUGAUCGAGAAUACUCACAAAGUUAAUGCUGAACACUAUGAACUAGUAUCUAAAGAAAUGCUUUUGAAACAAAAAUGUGAAUCGCAAAACGCCAGGUUAAAAAAUGCACUCAGUAGGCUUUCUGAUCAAACAAACAGUCACAGUCAGCACACUAGAAAGUUAGAAAAUUUGAGUAACAAGAAUGAUUCUCAAGACUCCAGAAUAGACGAAUUAGAAGCUGAAUUGUCAAGGCUACGAGCUGAACAAUUGGAGGUCCAAAGCCGCCUUGAUGAGACAAUACUUCAUUUGAAGCACGUUGAAUUUGCCAAAGAUAAUGCUGAAAAGCGAGCUGCUAUCACUGAGUCGAAACUCCAAGAUCUUGAGAAACAACACGUAUGUACAGCAGAUGCAUUGAGACUUGCUGAACUGAAUGAUAUGCAGUAUUUAUCUACGGAUGACUUGGAAAUGAAAGAGAAAAAUUUACGGGAACAGUUACAAGUGGCAAUUGAUACUUAUGAGAAUUCAGAACGAAACAUCGCCACACUUGACUGUCAAAUUAAAGCGCGUAAAGCGGAAUUAUUAAAACAACAAAAUGAAAAUGAAUCAUUGAAAAAAGAAAUUGAUUGUUUCUUAAAAGAGAUGGUUGAUAUGUGA